UUUAUACUUUAAAUAGAACCUUCUGUUAUACAUUAAACUAUUAAAUAUUUUCAAUCUUUUUGUAUAACUGUUUGCGUUUUCACAUUUUCACUCGAAAAUAAAUUGUUUGAUAUAAAUAUGUAGGAAACGUAAAAACGUUUAUCUUAAUUGUCAUUCUAUUUACUUUCGACGAAGCUGAUUAGCAUUUUUACCAAAGUGUGAUGUGUUGAAAUAAUUAGGUCAUUAGAUAAGAUUUUAUAUUUUUGUAACAGCAAUCACAGUGAUUUCGCGCCACAGGAUGGCUAUGGACGGAAGAAACGGAUGAAUAGCGUCGAUUAAAAAAAAUCAGUUGGCGCUGAUAUAAGUUACCAAACGAUGACAAAGCUUGCGUAGUGGUUACAUUACUGCGAUAAUAUUACAGAGUAUCCGGCGAUGUGACAUCUCAUGCAAUUUUGCGAGCUAACUGCAUGCAGUGAGACGUGGAAAAUAACAUAAUAAGAAUGGCAUAUUCUUAUAUCGUAGGAGAAGCACCUUCCGACGACGUUCCCAGCGUGAAGCACGAUAUCCGACGCGCCAAGAUAUUUCUUCAGAAACACAGCACGGGAUCGGGUGACAGUUUAUAUGACCAUUUAAUCGAACUUUUGGCAAAAAUAUUGGCCGAACAGCCACAAAACGCUAUUGAUAUUUUUGAAGAAUAUAGCAGAAAAUUGAAGGAAGAGAGAUUGAAGAUUAAGACAAAUUAUCUUCGAGAUUUAUUCAUACCACCUGUGCAGUACGAUGAUGCUAAGGAGCUUAUUAAGCUUUUCCAGGAAGUAAAGCGGAUUGACGAAGGUGAGCAGGAGAUGAUAGGGAAUGAGGAGGGCGAUAUGAAAAAGAAGCAUUUUAACAUGUUGGAUAUAUUAUUCUACUUUGAACAGACGGGUGUAGGAUUGCCGCGACACGAAAUAAUAUUACUUAAUUUAUCGAUUCGGAAACUCGCCUCAACAAUGCCACUUAAAAAUAUUAGAUUUUGGGGUAAAAUACUUGGAAAAUCUAAAAAUUAUUAUAUACUGGAAGCUGAACUUCAAGCGGAUGAACUUGCUCGAAGAUUAGAACAAAAGGAACAUGAAAUACAAUCUAGAAAAGGAAACGAGGAAAACGAAGUCGAAACAGCUGCAAAAUUUGCGAAAGAAGAAGCGAUAAAAAUUGAGAAGAACGAUCUGGAAAGAACUGUUGAAACACUGGAAAGUCCGCGCGAAGAUAUGUUAGAAGGAAAGCCUUUGCAACUUAUCUUUCCACCAUUACCUGUUACUUCAUGGAGAUCAUUGCCGGAAAUACCAAUAGAGAGAAUCGGAAGCGGUCUUAAUAAAAAAGUGUAUUUUGUGUGCAACGCGCCUGGAUUAGACGAGUGGAUCGAACUUCCAACGGUUACACCGCAACAGAUAGUAAUUGCACGACAGAUUGUUCGAUACUGUACGGGAAACUUGGAGACACCGAUUUACAGUUUUCCGCCAUUUCCUGGUACCGAAAAGAAUUAUCUUCGUGCACAAAUUGCAAGGAUCAGUGCGACUACUCACGUUUCGCCGAUUGGUUUCUUCACAUUCGGUGGAGAAGACGAAGAUGAAUUAAUAAAAGAAGAAAGAAAAGAAAAAGAAGAGUUAUCAGAAAAUAUUAAUUACGAUCCACUGCCAAUCAAGGAUCUCGUAGAUUCUUCCAUGUCAAAUUGGUGUCAUUUUAGUCCGUAUAUUCUUAAACAAGGAAGAACUGUAUGGUGGAAUCUUGAGGAGGAAGAUAAUGUCAAUAAAGUAUUCGAAGAAGAAGAGGAAGAAAUCGUGGAGGAAGAUGAUGUAAAGAUGAUGGAGAAAGAAAUCGGACCUCCUCUUUUAACUCCUUUAUCUGAGGAUGCUAUUGUUGACUCCGUGUUACCAUGGACUGCUAAACAAUCAUCAUACAUACAACCAGACAUUGCGGUAGCUUUAGUUAGGUCAAAUAUCUGGCCUGGAGCAUUCGCAUUCGCAGCAGAAAAACGUUUCGCUACUAUGUAUAUUGGUUGGGGCCACAAAUACAAUGCAUAUAAUUAUAGUCCUUCUAAUGUACCACCUGUUCAAGAUCAAUAUAAAAUGGGAUCAGAAAUUAUGGAAAUUCGUGAUCCUACUGUCCAAGAAGAAGAAGCAUAUCAAUUAACCCAUUUACCACCAACAGUACUAAAGGAAAUAUUAGAUGAAGAGGACGAGGGAAAAAAGGAAGAAGAAGAAGAAAUAGAUGAUGAUGAUGAGGAGGAAGAUGAUGAAUAACAUUUCUUGCAUAUUAUCACAUAUAAUACAUUUAUUACAUUUCUAAAUUUCUGUCUUACAUAUUACAUAAAUAUUUCUCCAAGUAUAAGCCAGAAUCAUGUAAUUUAAUGUACUAAUAAUAAUAAUAAUAAUAAUAAUAAUAAUAUAAUUUUACCUUUUCAAAACGUAUUUCAAAUUAUUAUUAUGUACUCGUAUUAAAUGUGUAAAUAUAUGUAUAUACAUACGUAUACAUACUAUAAAAUCCAUAUGUAUAUGAGUGUGUGUGUUUAAAUAAUAAUAA